GGCGGGCCGCGGGGGCGGGGGAAGCGGCGGCAGCGGCAGCGGCGCUGCUCGGUGGCGACGGGCGGCUGAGGAGGCGCUGAAGGGAGGAGGCUGCGGGCGGCAGUUUUCUCCUCCAGAUGCGUGUGUUCCAGAUACUCACUUCAACAUGGUAGCUGGUGAUACCUGCUGAAGGGAUUUCUAGAACCUGACCUGUCACAUAGUCAUAAUGUCACAUGUCAGUAGACAUGUUAACAUCAGAAGUUCAGGUUAACAGAAAGUGCAGAAAGCAGGACAGCAGCAGACUGUAGAAUUCUGUAUUCAGUGGAACAAAUAAAUGACGUGAAAGUCUGAGAAAUGAACAAAUUACGGCAAAGCUUUAGGAGAAAGAAAGAUGUCUAUGUCCCAGAAGCCAGUAGGCCUCAUCAGUGGCAGACUGAUGAAGAAGGUGUUCGUACUGGCAAAUGUAGCUUUCCUGUUAAGUACUUGGGACACGUCGAAGUGGAUGAAUCCAGAGGAAUGCAUAUCUGUGAAGAGGCUGUGAAGAGACUGAAAUCUCUACCUACAGUAAUAGCGCUCGACUUGUCCCCCCUGUUCCUCCAGGAAAGGAAGUUCUUCAAAGGCUUCUUUGGAAAAACUGGAAAGAAGGCAGUUAAAGCAGUCCUGUGGGUUUCGGCGGAUGGACUCAGAGUUGUAGAUGAGAAAACAAAGGAUCUUAUAGUUGAUCAGACAAUAGAGAAGGUUUCUUUCUGCGCACCAGACAGAAACUUCGACAGAGCGUUCUCAUAUAUCUGUCGAGACGGCACUACGAGACGCUGGAUAUGCCACUGCUUUAUGGCCGUAAAGGACACGGGGGAAAGGUUGAGUCAUGCCGUGGGCUGUGCAUUUGCAGCAUGCCUGGAGCGAAAGCAGAAGCGAGAGAAGGAGUGUGGAGUGACUGCCACCUUUGAUGCCAGCAGAACCACGUUCACUAGAGAGGGGUCAUUCAGGGUCACUACAGCUACUGAACAAGCAGAAAGAGAGGAAAUUCUGAGACAGAUGCCGGAUGCUAAAGCUGAACCAGAAGUGAAAACAGUAGCGCCAAGUGCUGCACCAAACAAUACUGCCCCCUCUCCUGGCUCACCAACCUCUCCUGUUGCUGAUAUUGCUGCCCCUCUGGAUAAAGAAAUGAACAAUCCCCACGCUAUUCCUCGAAGGCAUGCCCCUAUAGAGCAGCUUGCCAGGCAAGGUUCUUUCAGGGGUUUCCCUGCCCUUAGCCAAAAGAUGUCUCCUUUUAAGCGCCAGUUGUCUUUGCGAAUAAAUGAGCUGCCUUCAACCGUGCAAAGGAAGACUGACUUCCCUAUGAAAAACUCAGUCCCUGAGGUAGAAGGGGAAGGCGACAGCAUUAGUGCCCUCUGCUCUCAGAUCACCAAUGCUUUCAGCACGCCAUCGGAAGAUCCUUUCUCUUCAGCCCCCAUGACAAAACCAGUCACAGUAGUUGCACCACAGUCUCCUGCCUUUCAAGUUAAUGGCACUGCCUCUGCCUUCUGUGUGCUUGCUGCUCAACCAUCCCAAGCUGCUGUAGUGUCCACAGCUAUGCCAGUUCGUGAAACCAAUCCUUGGGCUCAUGCUCCUGCUGCUAAUACUGGAGCUGCAGCCAUGGUCUCUGGAACUGAAUGGAGUGCCUCCUCAGGUGCAGCCUCACCAAGUCUCUUCCAAGGAAAUCACAGACGCACUCCCUCAGAGGCAGACCGCUGGUUGGAAGAGGUCUCAAAGACUGUCAGAGCCCAACAGCAGCCAACGCCAGCCCCACAGCCACUACUACAACCUCCUCCAACAACUUCCCAGGCAGCACCAGCUUUCCCAGUGAAUACCUUCAUUGCACCUCAGCCUGUGCCAGUUGGUGUGGUACCGCCCAUGCAGCCAGCAUUUAUUCCAGCUCAGCCCUAUGCUGUAGCAAAUGGGAUGACCUAUGCAGCUCCGAGCGUACCUGUGGUUGGAAUCACGCCUUCCCAGAUGGUAGCCAAUGUCUUUGGUACUGCAAGUCACACGCCAGCAGCCCUUCCCCAUCAGUCACCCAGUCUUGUUAAACAGCAGACGUUCCCACAGUAUGAAACCAACAGUGCUACGACCAGCCCUUUCUUCAAGCCACCUGCACAGCACAACGGCUCUGCAGCUUUCAAUGGAGUUGAUGGUGGCAAAUGGGCUGCAGAGGACAAGCCUUCACAGCCUCCUGCAGCUGCUCCACAGGUAGACCCAUUUGAAGCACAGUGGGCAGCGCUAGAGAGCAAGGCAAAGCAGCGCACUAAUCCCUCUCCAACUAACCCCUUCUCAAGUGAUUUACAGAAAACAUUUGAGAUUGAACUUUAAACAGUCCUGUAAGGGUGGGUAAGUAAAUUGUAUAUUAGUAUAGAGGGAUAAAGGGAGCAGAGGAGACUGUUUCUGAUCAGUUUGCUUUGAUAAUCCCAAAAAGUCCCUUCAAAUGAAAAUGGGUUAGGAAGAAGGAACAAUUAUGGAGAAGAUAUAAACAUACAAAGAAUUUAAUGCUCCGUUCUUAAGAGGAGACCUGAAGCCACCCCAGUCUGCAGUCCCUCCUCACUUGGAAAGCUGGAAGUCAAACAGAGCAAAGAAGGGCAUCAGUCCUGAAGCCUGUUCUGCAGAAACAUCAACGAUCUUACAGAAAGGAAGUACUGUACCUGUGUCCUUCUGAUGCCCUGUGAGUCCUGGACUUCACCCCCCCUGCCUCUUCUCCCCCUCCACCCCCCAGGAAAGAGGUGUGCGGGGGGUGGAGUAUGGGUGGGAGAUUGUCACCUGCUUAGCAAAAGCUGGGUUUGUGGAAAAAGUUGAGCUUCCAUUUUCAGUAACAAAGUGAAUAUUAUAUAUAAAGAAUAAAGUAAAGCCAAAAUCUUUAUUUUUAUGCAUCUAGAAUAUUUUACAUAGUUGGAUAUUAAAAGCUGUAUGAGUUGUAAGUAAUCUUGCCAAAGUUUAAAAAAAAAGGGGUUGGAUGUAAGAAAUUGUACAUAAGAUUGAUUUAUCACUGAUUCUUAUUGUAAGUAAUAUUUGGGGGGAGGGGGAAGGGAAGAAAGGGGCCCUAGCUUGUUCUUGUAUCUGUUCAUUGUAAGUAGCAUAUUGCAACAACAAUCACAACCAAUAAGUCAUUAUAUCGUAGUUUUAAAUAAAAAAAAAUAAAGAACAGUAUUGUCAUGGCUUGAAAACCAUGGGGAAAAGUCUACUGUUUUUUAUUGGAAUCAGGCUACAUAUUAUAUAUAGUAUGUUUAUUUUCUUUCAUGUAUCGCUGCAGUUUCCUUGUCUUAAUCUAUUGGUUCUAACACUACUGUGACAACUUAAUGUAAUCAUAUCUACAACCUGGGGCUACCUAGGAACCCAUUUUAUGUUUGUCUGUCAAUAGCUCUUAGAGGAUUUUAACUUUGUUUUUAUUUUUUCCACUGAUUUGUGAAACCUUGUGAUUAAGGCUGCAGCUGGUCCAGGUUCUGCCUCUGGUGACUCGUGAAAUCCAUCUCAUUUUAACUUUACAUUUAAACUUUGGCCUUACAAGCAAAUGUAAGUUAUAUAUAUUUGUACUGAUGAUUUAUAAUCUGCUUUAACAGAAAUAAAUGUUGGUGGUAGAA